UAGAGUGGUGUUUGUCAAAAGCUACCAAAUUGACUUUAAAAUAAUAAUAUUAAAUUGGAAAAAUUGCCCGGAAUAAUCCGACCUUUUGCCCGUCCGCUGAAAAUAAUCCCACCUUUGGAUUAUUUUUUAAUAAUCCCACCUUUAUACCCAUUCCGCUAUAAAUGGUCCCAUUUUACUUGGAACCGGUUGAGCAGGUAUUUUUUUUUUUAAGUAGAAUUUACACGUGUUGCUCCUUGAUUAAUCAAAAAAAUAAAAAUAAAAAAGUAGUAAAAAACCACCACCGCCACCUAAGCCACCCCAAUUCAGCCACCACCACCCAACCUAAACCCUAGAACCACUAUCCCACCCACACCUGAAACCACCAAGCUGACCGGAAUCCCACCGAGCCAAGCCAACCUAAACCCAAUUACCCAUUAACCCAAGUACCCAACCCCUUAACCACAUUAACCAUUUAACCCAACCCCUCCUCUGUGGACGACGACGACGACGCGGCUGGAAACGGUGGACGGGGGAGACGCGACGCGACCAGAAUCUGGGGAUGGGGGAAGUCGGCGCGUCGGAGCUGGGUUUAAGGGAGUUGGUGGGUUUUUCGCGGACGGAGCCUGGGUUUAAGGGCUGGGUUUUCACGGGGGUAAGAGUGAGGGAGAGGAUUGGUGGUUCAUGGGAGGGGAGGGUAAGCCGGAGCCGCGUGAAUGGGGUUGGCCGGUUGGGGGUUGGCUUGGUUUUGUGAGGAUUCGAGGGUGGUUCAUGUGGAGGUUCGUGAGGGAGGGAGGGGUUCGAGGGUGGUUCAGGGAAGGGGGUUCGAUUGUGGUUCAAGGGAGGGGUGGCAGGGGAGGCCAGCGCGCCGGGAUUGGUGGCAGGGGAGGCCAGCGCGCCGGAUUGGUGGCAGGGGAGGUGGUUUGGGUGGAUUCUAAAUUAAUUAAUUGUUUUUUUUUUAUUUUUUUUUAAUUUUAUUUUUUUGACUAAUUGGGUGCCAACACGUGGCUAGUAACUUGCUAUAACAAGUUAACUAACCGGUUGAGACCAAUAAAAAAGAUCGGGGGAUAAAGGUGAGAUUAUUAAAAAAUAAUCCAAAGGUGGGAUUAUUUUCAGCGGACGGGCAAAAGGUCGGAUUAUUGCGGGCAAUUUUUCCUAUUAAAUUUUGUAUUACUAUUUCAACAAUUAAUGGUGUUGAACACCUUCAUCAAAUAACAACUUUUAAUAACCACUACAAAAAUGUCACUAAAUAAAUACUUUUUGUUUAUCAUGAAGAUUGACUGGAGCUCCCUCGCUAGCUAUUAUAACAAUUAAUUUUGCCAAAUGUACCCUAAUUAUCAAAAAAAAAUGAUAAAAUAUUUUAAAUUCCCAAAUAACAAAUUCAUAUAAAUAUAUGAUAAUUCUAAUCUUUGAAACCCAACUAUCUCGAGUUCAGUUGAGUCGAGUCAAAUCGAACAAUCAACCCCCGACUAGCCGAGCAUUACCAUCCCAUAAAAAUACUAAAAUCCACAAAGGAAAAGAAUUUAACAUUGUACAUUUGUACAAGAGCAGCAAUGGCGACAACUUCUCUCUCCUCAAUAUCUUCCCUCAUUCUCACUCCUUUACAUCCUCAACAAAAACCCAUUUACCCCACUAACUUAUCAACCAAAUACCCAACAAUAAUCCGCUGUGCAAUUGCUUCUUCUACUUCUCGCAACUCAAGAUUAUCCGAACCCAAAAACAAGAAGAAAAUUUGGAGAGAAGGGGAAUUCCCAGCAAUUUCUCAGGGUUCAAUUCCAAAGAGAAGAACCCAGAUUAAGAAUGUCAAGAAGAGGCUUGAUCGUAAGGCUAAAGCUAAGGCUUGGGUUAAUACUGUUACUGAAGCUCUUUCUGACCUUAUCCUUAAGAAACAAUGGCUUCAAGCUCUUCAGGUGUUUGAGAUGCUGAGAGAACAAUCAUUCUAUCAACCAAAAGAAGGAACUUACAUGAAACUCCUUGUGCUGCUUGGAAAAUCAGGACAACCGCGACGAGCCCAGGAACUUUUUGAUACUAUGAUAGAGGAAGGGCUAGAACCUACAGUUGAGCUAUAUACUGCCUUGCUUGCUGCUUAUUGCCGCAGUUUCUUGAUUGAUGAAGCAUUUGCGAUUCUUAAUAAGAUGAAGGAGCUUCCUCUCUGUCAGCCUGAUGUUUUCACUUACAGUACUUUGAUUAAGGCUUGUAUUGAUGCUACUGAAUUUGAUUUAGUUGAGUCCCUCUAUAAGGAGAUGAAUGACCGAGGAAUUACUCCCAAUACAGUCACUCAGAACAUUAUACUCGGUGGGUAUGGUAAAGCUGGGAGAUAUGACCUAAUGGAGAAGAUUUUGUCUGAAAUGCUUCAUAAUCCCACUUGCAAACCUGAUGUGUGGACUAUGAACACUAUAAUUGCCUUGUUUGGAAAUAUGGGUCAAAUUGAGAUGAUGGAAAGGUGGUACGAGAAGUUUAGGGAUUUUGGGAUUGAACCAGAAACUAGGACUUUCAACAUCCUAAUUGGUGCUUAUGGGAAGAAGCGCAUGUAUGAUAAAAUGUCUACGGUGAUGGAAUACAUGCGCAAGCUUGAAUUCCCUUGGACUACUUCCACUUACAAUAAUGUGAUUGAGGCAUUUUCUGAUGUAGGGGAUAUGAAAAAUAUGGAAUUUGCAUUCGAUCAAAUGCGUGCUGAGGGCAUGAAAGCAGACACUAAGACCAUCUGUUGUCUUGUUCGGGGAUAUGCCAAUGCAGGUGUCUUUCAUAAAGUUGUGAGUACUGCUCAGUUGGCUGGAAGACUGGAAAUACCAGAAAAUACAUCGUUUUUCAAUGCUGUUAUUUUUGCAUGUGCAAAGGCUGAGGAUUUAAUGGAAAUGGAGAGGGUUUAUAAGAGGAUGAAGGAGAAACACUGCCAGCCGGAUGACGAUACUUUCACUGUCAUGAUAGAGGCUUACAGGAAGGAAGGUAUGAGCGACAAGAUAUAUGACUUGGAGCAGGAAAAAGAGAAGAUGGUCACUGACUCGAGUGAAGUGAUGGACACCAUGGGUGAUGUCUGAUUGAUGACUGUAUAUGAUUGAUUUGCAAAAUGUGGUUUUGGCCUUUGCAAUACUUCCCAAGUAAAGGAAUUCCUUCUGUUGUCAUCCUGUUUUCAUGACCAUAAAAAAAAAUCUCUUCAGUCACUGCAGCGAUGCAGGAGGUCCUUCAAUCAUGCAGAAAAUGCCUAUGAGGUUGAACAGAUGAAGUAAUGAAGCCUACACACUUCUGGAAGCUAGUACUCCUAGUGGUGUAUCUUCUACAGUUGUUGAACGACCUUGCAGUUUUGUUUCUUGAAGAAGAGCAAGAUGACAUAUAUGGUCUUUAUAUUAAUAGGUAGAUUUUGACAAUUGUUAGUAAAAUGGGGUAGUGUAGGAAUUAGUUGGUCAAGUUCUUACAUUGUGCAUAGUUGAGUGUUAUGCUCUAUGUAUUAAGCGUAAUUAUUAUCAUUUUGCAUGGUUUUUCGAGAAUGUACUUACAGGGAUAUUUCAGUGCAGAAAACAGUGUUUCAGUUAGUAA